GUUGCGCGCAGCAGGAUCUGGACUUUAUGGAUGCUUCAGCAGCUCUUCCACACCUCUCGGUAACACAACUGCAAUUGUUACACGAGUAUAUGGGCGGACUCACUUCUGUGCAACAGUCGUUCAUGUGAAACGUCCACACAAGAUGAAGGAAAAAUGCAAAAACGCGGCAAAGACGCGCCGGGAGAAGGAGAACGGGGAGUUUUACGAGCUGGCCAAGAUGCUGCCUCUGCCGGCGGCCAUCACCUCCCAGCUGGACAAGGCCUCCAUCAUCCGAUUGACCAGCAGCUACCUCAAGAUGAGGGCAGUCUUCCCCGACGGUCUGGGUGAUGGAUGGGGUCGGUCAACAAGGCUCAGUCCUCUGGACAGCAUGGCUAAAGAACUGGGCUCCCACCUUUUACAAACUCUGGAUGGCUUUGUGUUUGUCGUUGCCUCUGAUGGCAAAAUCAUGUACAUUUCUGAAACGGCAUCAGUCCACCUCGGCCUGUCCCAGGUGGAGCUGACAGGAAACAGCAUAUUUGAGUACAUCCACCCAUCAGACCACGAUGAGAUGACAGCAGUGCUGGGUCUUUGUCAGCCCCAACACCAGCACUUCUCCCUCGAGUAUGAAAUAGAGCGCUCCUUCUUCUUGAGGAUGAAAUGUGUUCUGGCUAAACGAAACGCAGGACUCACAUGCGGGGGAUAUAAGGUCAUCCAUUGCAGCGGUUACCUGAAAGUGCGGCAGUACAUGAUGGACAUGGCGCUGUAUGAAUCCAGUUAUCAGACUGUGGGUCUAGUGGCAGUGGGUCACUCCCUGCCCCCCAGUGGUAUCACCGAGAUCAAACUCCACAGCAACAUGUUCAUGUUCAGAGCCAGCCUGGACUUAAAACUCAUUUUCUUGGACACAAGGGUGGCAGAGCUGACAGGCUAUGAGCCCCAGGACCUGAUAGAGAAGACUCUCUACCACCACGUCCAUACCUGUGACGUUUUCCAUCUACGCUAUGCUCAUCAUUUAUUACUGGUGAAGGGCCAGGUCACCACUAAGUACUACCGCAUGUUAUCAAAGCAUGGAGGCUGGGUUUGGGUGCAGAGCUACGCCACCAUUGUCCACAACAGCCGCUCCUCCAGACCUCACUGUAUUGUCAGUGUGAACUACGUCCUCACAGACGUUGAGUACAAGGAGCUUCAGUUAUCUGAUGACCAGAGUCGAGCCACGAAGCCGGGUCUCAGUCUCUCUUCGGUUCAGGACCACCGCAAACAACUGAAAACCAAAGCAGUUAAGAUGAAGACCAAACUUAGAGCAGCUCACUAUCCCGAGGUGGGCUUUCCACUUGGCUCACUGAGUAAACAAAAGCCCGCUGCCAGCCUCCUCAAGCAGGGCCGCUUAAACUGCUCCCCACAGAGGGGGCUGUGGAAGGAGAGAUCUGAGUACCCGCUGACCUCCUGCAGCGAAAGGAGCUCCAGUUUGAGUCCGGAUGCCAGCCAGCUGUCCUGCAGCCCAACAUACAACCUGACGCUGCACUACCCCUACAGUCACCGGCACCUCGAUGCUCAGGGCCAGCUCCCCGGCUCAGCCCUGCCCCCCCAGCUGGCUCCGCAGAUCAUCGGCUCCCUGCACAGCAGAGGGUCUGUUGGGUGGAACAUCAGCUGCUCCGCAGCCCCAAAUAAGUACUCAGGCCCAGAGCUUUCCGCUGAGCGCAGGCACCCCGAUGAGAUCUACCAUGAUUGUUCCAGCCCCACAAACCCACAUUCUACCAGCAGCCUGAAGGAAGAACCCUACGAACACUACACGCUUUUCCGCGGUGAGCUGUCUGGGGCUUUUCCACACCCCCGCCCUCAAAGCGGCAGCGACGUAAAGCGUCUGGGCCAGGAGCUCCGACAUAACGCAAGAGGUGCCGAGGGACCUCCAGGUGACCGGGGCCUCGCCUGCCCUUUGAUCAGCGGCCUGGUGCCGGCCAGAGCUGAGCAGGGCGGCCCGCUGCACGGUGCUCAGGUGGCCCUGGAGCAGAGCAGGCGGCGGUGCAUGAUGGAGGCUCCCUGCAGCCACCCGGCCGCCGCGUAUCCACAAGCCGCCAGCAGCCUGCAGCGGCACGGAGCUGCUGCGGAGCUGCAGCCCAGGUCUGCUGAGGAGGACAGGAGGAUGUUGAUCGGGAUGGGAGUCGGGGUUGGACUUCCAACGCAAAACCCAUACGUGUCUUUGAACUUCCACAAGGUCCUGGGGAAACCCGGUUCCAUUAAAGCCCCCGCUUUUACCACACUGAGCCAUGUAACAGACGGCCACAGUUACCACGGCAACAGAUGUAACAGCCAGAGCCCCAGCUCCGACUCGUCAGCCGAGAGCCACAGAGAGAUGCCGCAUUACAUCGGCACGUCCGUCAUUAUCACCAAUGACAGGUGACUCAGGGCCUAAAGACUGCCCGGGGUCUCUUCUCUUCACUUCACUAUUGUUUUACUUAAAAUAGGACAUUAGAGCUGUAGAAUACACUAUAAGCAAAACAGCUUUUGCAGGAAUUUUAAUUAGCUUUUACUAUUUGUAUUAUUAUUAUUAUUAAACCCAAACUGAGGGCCUGAACAUUAUAUAUAAUUUCAACUUGAUUCAGUUGUCAAAGAAUCUUUUAAUUGACACAUUUUAUUUCUGUAUCUACACAUUAAAUUUAAACAUAAUUCACUAACAACCCAUCUUUAUUUAAGUUUGACUUUGAAGUUUGGGAUGGAAUGGAUUUUUCACAUGCCAAGCACACAUCAAUAAAAUCUUAAAAUCUUGAUACAUUUCUUAAAAUGAAGGACCCACGUCAUUGUUUGGUAAACCACAGCUAAGAGAUGUGAAUCUCCCACUAGAACCAGUGUAGUACAACUAUGUGUACAUGAUGCAGCCUCCUCUGCAGCAGCUCAUGAAAUGAAAAUCAAAUUGUAUUUAACCGACAAAAGGAUCCAUUCAGGCAGAGUUUUGUCUUUACUUGCACUAUUAAUUCCCUGUUAUAUAUUUAUUGCAUAUCUUGAAUUACGUCAGCCAUUCCCACUCUCUAAAUAGGGUGCAAUAGAAUGGGGGGGUGUUUGGCUUGAUGUUAGCUAGCAUUCCCCAGAGGCUGAAACACUCAACCCUGUCCCAGAGAAGUUAGCGCUUUGAUAUUGGAAUUGG